AUGAUGACAUCUCCAGACUCUCCCCCGCUGGUCUCCCCUUCCCCAUGCCCUGCUCCCCCUCCGUCCCUCCCCUCCUCCCCCGUGCCUUCCUCCCCGGCCCCGUCCUCUCCCUCCUCCCCGCCACCCUCGCUGCCUCCCACGGGGGAGGUUAUGGUUCUGGCUCUGGGCAGGAAGAAGCAGAGGGUGCUGAUCGCCCUCUCCAUCCUGCCCAACCUCUUCCUGGCCUUCCUGCUUUCUUCCGACCCCCUAAUCACCCUCUCCCCGCCCCACCACUGCCACCUGCCGGGGCCCUUGCCAUCGCCUGAGGUGCUGAACGCCUCCCUUCCCUGGGAGAAGGGGCAGCGGCCCGGGGACAGCGGGGGCCUGUCCCAGUGUAAGCAGUACGUCAACGGCAGCCAGUCGGCUGUGGCGGACUGCGACAGCGGCUGGGACUACAACGUCACGGAGGGGCUGAGGAACAACAUUGUUACCGAGUGGGAUCUGGUGUGUGGUCAGUACUGGCUGGUCCCAGUGGAGGAGGUGUGUUUCAUCCUGGGCGUCCUGACUGGGUGUCUUGGCCUGGGCUAUGCCGCUGACAGGCUGGGCAGGUCCAAGACUCUGCUGACCUCUCUGACCCUGUCGGUGGUGUUUGGGGUGCUGGUGUGCGUCUCCCCGUACCCCUCCAUCUUCAUCGUCAUGCGUUUCUGUUUGGCGGCAGCUAGUGCAGGAGUCUACCUCACUCUGUACAUCACUCGUCUGGAGCUGUGUGAACCAUCUCUGAGGCUGGUGGGGACCAUGCUGGCCGGGCUGAUGACUGUUGCUGGCGAGCUGCUGUUGCUGGCCGUCGCCCUGGGCUGCCAGUCCUGGAGGGGCCUGCUGGGAGCCGGUGCCGCCCCGCUAACGCUCUUCCUCAGUUACGGCAUUCCUGGGGUAUUUCCAGAGUCUCCUCGCUGGCUCCUUCUGUCAGAGAGAUCUGCAGAUAUGAACUCCUUCAGUGAGAGAAGAAACUCCAACAGAGAUGUGAGGGACGACGAGAGCUUCACAGAGCUGGAUUCAGAGCCGUCCCCCUCCUCACGCCCCCACCUGUCCUUCCCUGAGCUCUUCCACAGCAGGAACAUCUGGAAGAACAUGUGUGUUCUCGGCUUCACCUCAUUCAUCUCUCACGGCAUUAGUCACUGUUACAGCUCUUUCCGAGGUGACGUCAGAGGCACGGCCCCCAGCUUCUAUUGGACGUACCUGCUGUCUGUGUGUGCAGGGGGCGGUGCCUGGCUGUUGCUCUGGGCGACCGUAGACAGGUGCGGUCGCCGUGGCAUCCUGCUCCUCGCCAUGACGAUGACGGGGCUGGCCUCUUUGAUCCUCCUGGGACUCAUGGAGUAUCUCAGUGAGACGGCCAUCACAAUUUUUUCAGUGCUGGGUCUCUUCUCAUCCCAGGCCACCGCCUCCCUCUGCAUCCUCUUCACUGCAGAGAUCAUGCCCACCAUCAUCAGGGGCAGUGGUGUGGGCGCAGUGCUCGCCCUGGGCUGCGUGGGCCGCCUCAGCUCCCCGCUCAUGGACUUGAGGAACCACUAUGGUUACUUCCUGCACCACGUGGUCUACUCCUCUCUGGCCCUGCUGGCCGUGCUGUCCAUCCUGCUGCUGCCCGAGAGCAAGAGGAAGCCGCUGCCCCAGACGCUGGCUGACGGGGAGCAGUACAGACGCCCCCCGCUGGGCAGGAGGAGGAGGGACAAUGUGCCGCUGCUGGCCACGCCCAACCCAGAGACCUAAAGGACUCCUGAAAGAGUGGACUGUGCUGAAAUCAUUCACUUUGCAGCCAGAACAUUCACAUAGAUCAUGUUCAUGCAGCGGAGGAGAAAGCAAUAUAGAGACUUGAUCAGACACUCUAAGCUUCCUAACAUAUCAUCCUCUAGUCAUUCCAAACGCAGGCGGUUGGGUUGAGUUCCCUUUAUUCCUGCCAUUCAGAUGUGUGUAGAUCUGACACACAGCGUUCACGCACACAUGUAGGGAAGUCUUCAUCUUUCAUACCAUCUCUUCCUGACCAGACCGGGGGGGUCAUUCCCCUCCCCCACCAUGUGACACACCAGCAUACACUGCUGCACGCAGUCCUCCAGUGUGUCUGUCGUAGAGAUGUUAGCUGCUUACUACUGACACUCCAGACCAGACGUGGCGUCAGAGAGUAGUCGCAAAUUAUUCCUAGCAUUUGUCUUAACCUGCAUAGAAUCGUGUUUGCUGUGUACGACAACACAAUAAGUGCUCGGAGGUGUGCAAAAUCAAAGCAAGGUCAGUUUUGUAUACUUUCCUGUGACACUUGUGGUAAAAGUCUCCCAUCUGGCACUCCAAACAGGGACGGAGCAGAGUUCUCGGACAUAUGUUGCAUAUGUUGUAAGACUCCAUAGAGUUGUAGGUGUUAAAUGCCUUGUAAAUACUCUAGACUUAGUUUCUUUAACUUCUUGGGGCAUCUGAGUUUUGUUACAGUAAACCCCGUGGCUGGAAACUGUACAGUACACUAUGCAGUGGAGAAGAGCACUUUGAAACAUUCUUUUUAAAGGUGAUUGUGGUUAAUUUGACCAGAGUCUUCAAAUUUAAGGGACAGUUUUAUGAACGUAAAUCAACCAUUAUCAAGAUUGGGAUCAAAACAAAACAAAAAGAGGCCUUGAAAACAGAAAGGUGUUCAUGUUCAAACUGUGUAAAUCCAGUUAAUGAAUCUGGCCUGGAGCCAGCAAUAUUUAUGUCUUAUUUAUGUUGUUAUUAAGCAUAAUCAGUAAAUUAUCCAGAGGCCUAUUAUUUUUAAAUAUUAAGCUACAUAUUGUUAAAUUGGGUUGGCAUGGAAUGAACUUUCCAUUUUCUGAUGUCUCUGAUCAAAUAACAGUGAAGCUGUUAACUGUCACAACAUUCCUGCAUGUUUGGAAGCACUGAAGGGCUUGUUUUUUCUGUAUUUCCUCAGAAGCUUAUAGUAUCUCAAUACCUCUCUAGAUGACCAGUCUCAGCUGUAAAAGAAUAGACGGGUACAAACAAACUACAGUAGAAGUUAUAUAACCAGGCACAUGUUUUUUUUGGUCAAUGACUUAACUGUAGAAGUUUUGAAAGUGGUCAUCUGUUAUUUUGCCUGAAUGUGUAUUGAUGCUGGAAAAAGGGCCCGAUGAUUAGGCUCCAUGAGGUUUGAAAGGGAGCUGAAGAGGGCCCUGGAGCUCCAAAUUAACCCCCCCC